AUGGACUGGGUUUCUAUUCCGUACACAGGCCGAGCAAAGUACGAUGAACGGUCCCCCGGAGUGACUAGUCCACAUUGUUUCACUCGGAGGAUUCAUGCCAAGAGAGUUGACCGCACUUUGAGGUCAAUUCUCCACCCAGCAACUGCAAAACCUGACUUUCCAUUUGCAGCACCGGCCACCUACAUCAGUGAUUGGAAGUCGGCACAACAAGAUUUGCUGAGUGUUAAGGCCUACGGUCCGGUGAAGAAUGCGAUCCUUACCUUGAUCAGCAAGAUACAGGAUUACUACAUUUUGACGGAGGUUCUUUAUCCAGGCAUCAAUUUCACUGGGAUGUUCAAGUUUGCUACUACAAGGUUGUACGGUUCUUGCACCCUGUUCAAACUACUCUUGUCCAUCAAGGCUACUCCGGCCCAGGCUGAUCAGGCUUCCACAGCUGCCAAAGACAGACCCCCAACAACUGCCGACGACAACUCAUCUGAAGAGGAGGACGAUGAAUCCCAGGAGGGAGCGGGUUCUCUGUCCGGGCCAUUCACGAAGGUGACAAAGAAGAAGGUGAAGAAGAAGAAGAAGAAGUCGCUCAUUUCCGAUAACCUAGAGAAUCAUUUUCUCAAAGAUCUAUCCCCGGUACAACGCAAGCUGGCUGAAGCCACCGACCACAAACUGAAGAACGAUAUUGAUCGCCAUAAGGCAGGACCACUCUUCCUGAUGAUCCUUCCUGGAGAAAUGGAAGGCUCUUACAUCUUUGUAUGCCGCAAGAAGUACGGUCAGUUAGCUUGA